UGGAUUGCGAACGCGAAAGUGAAAAAAGUAAUACGUUUUCUAUUGCGUUUUGAAAUGUACGCAACUAAUUCACAACGAGUGUGCAAUAAUUUAUCCGAGCAACAACAAGUUAAACUACAGAAGAUCAAAGAGCUGACAACUAUUUUAAAGGAUACAGAUAAAAAUUUGACUAUUUGUGAAGAAAUAUUGUCAACUUAUAUAAGGAAACGUUUAAGGGAUAAGCGAGAAGAAAUGCAAAGGAGUAAAGAUUUGGAAAAUAAAAUGACAGAAAUUUUAGAAAAUUUGAAGACCCGUCUAUUGGUCGAAUAAUAUUUAUUAUUAUUACAUUGUAU